AUGAGCAAGAUGUCAGAGGAGGAGGAGUUUUUUCUGUUCAAGAACAUCUUGGUGGGGCCGUGGGAUGGGCCUCAGUACCGCCUCGCCCCUGUCUGGGCCUUCCACCUCCAGGCAGCCUUCACGGGCUUUGUCUUCGUUGUAGGGACGCCACUCGAUGCCACAGUGCUGGUGGCCACACUGCGCUACAGAAAGUUGCGGCAGCCACUCAACUACAUUCUGGUCAAUGUAUCCCUGCGGGGCUUCAUCUACUGCAUCUUCUCUGUCUUUGUCGUCUUCAUCACCAGCUGUCAUGGAUACUUUGUCUUCGGCCGCCAUGUUUGUGCUCUGGGGGCCUUCCUGGGCUGUACAGCAGGUCUGGUGACAGGCUGGUCACUGGCCUUCUUGGUCUUUGAGCGCUACAUCAUCAUCUGUAAGCCCUUCGGCAACUUCCGCUUCAGCUCCAAGCAUGCACUGAUGGUGUUCCUGGCCACCUGGACCAUUGGUAUUGGUGUCUCCAUCCCACCCUUCUUUGGCUGGAGCCGGUUUGUCCCCGAGGGUCUUCAGUGUCCCUGCACCGUGGGCACCAAAUAUUACAGCGAGUACUAUACCUGGUUUCUCUUCAUUUUCUGCUACACUGUGCCUCUCUCCCUCAUCUGCUUCUCCUACUCUCAGCUGCUGGGGGUCUUCAGAGCUGUUGCAGCUCAGCAGCAGGAGGCAGCUACAACCCAGAAGGCUGGGCGGGAGGUGAGCCACAAGGUGGUGAUGAUGGUGGGAUCCUUCUGUCUCUGUUACACGCCCUAUGCUGCCCUGGCCAUGUAUAUAGUCAACAACCGUAACCACGGGGUGGACUUACGGUUUGUCACCAUUCCUGCCUUCUUCCCCAAGAGUGCUUGCGUCUACAAUCCCAUCAUCUACUGCUUCAUGAAUAAGCAGUUCCAAGCUUGCAUCAUGGAGAUGGUGUGUGGAAGGCCCAUGACAGAUGAGUCUGACAUGUCUAGCUCCCAGAAAAUGGAAGUUUCUACCGUCUCUUCUAGCCAAGUUGGCCCCAUACUGGCCUGUUUGCAGCAACAAGGAUUUUACAUUUAA